GUGUGCGCCGACGGGAUCGUGCCGGAGGCCGCGCGGGUGAUCUGCCUGAUGGGGGCACAGGUGCUGGUCAACUCGCUCAACAGCCGUGGCCCGGAUGAGCUGAGGGUGCACAUCCCCCUCCGCGCCAUCGAGAACGGCGUCUGGCACGUAGCCUCGAACUCCGUCGGCAACCCGAACCAGGCCGCGGGCCUGCUGUGGCCCUGGACCGGCGGCUCCGAGAUCUGCGAACCGAGCGGAAACCGCAUCCACGCGUCCGAGGAGGCAGACGACAUGAUCGUCGGCGAGGUCCGGCCCUUCGAGGCGGAGUCCAAGGCCUGCUCCUGGACGGACGACCUCCUCGCCAUGCGGCGCCCGGAGCUCUACGGCGCCAUGACGCGGCCGCUCGGGGAGGUGCCGUGUGCUGCAAUGUAUGGACCAGCGCCGAAGGUGCUCCCCUUCGAUGGCCCAGAGGUGGUGAAGGUCGCGAUGAUGCAGCUGAGCUUCACCCACACGCGGCCCUGCACCGAGUGGAUGACCAAGCGCCAGAUAUCCUACGCGUCGCGGCGCGGGGCGCAGCUGGGCGUGCUGCCCGCGCUGUGGUGCUUCCGGAGGGGGGAGGUGGAGGCCGACCCCAAGGGUGCGGCGGAGUACUCGGCCGAGGUGCUGCAGCGGAUGCUGCUCGCGGCGCGGGAGGGCGGGCUGCACCUCAGCUUCACCCUGGUGGAGGGCGGGCCCGGCGGGGAGCUGUACCACACGGCCUAUUUGAUCAAUGGUGACGGCGUGGUGGCGAAGUAUCGCAAGGCGCACCUGAGCUCGGCGGAGCUGCGCUGGGCCACGCCGGGGGGCGCGCUGGCGCAGGUGCACCAGACCUCGCUCGGGCGCCUGGCACUGAUGAUCGGCGACGAGGUUUGGAUUCCGGAGGUCUCGCGGUGCCUCGCGGUGGAAGGCGUGGAGAUCGUCCUGCACCCGGCCGAUUGGGAUCGUGUGGAGGCUGGGGAGAUGGCCGGGUGCGAGAGGAGCACCGAGAACCGCUUCCACCUGGUCUCUGUCACGAGGCUUGACUGCAAGGGCAAGCUAGGCUCUCAGACGAUGGUGGCUGGCGAGUACAUAGGUGGCGAGCCAGUACCGUUGGCCCGCUACGGCCAGGGCGUGUGGACGCGCCACAACGUCGAGGAGCAGGUGCACGUGGAGCUGCUGCGGCGCCAGGCGCACUGCAAGAUGAUGGGGGACCACCUGGACGUCUUGCGGAUGCGCUUCCCGGACCUCUACGACGUCUGCACGAGGCCCGCCGAGGAGCUCUUCACCUGGAGGAACAACCGCAAGAAGAGGAAGCUGGCCCCCUGA